ACUUUCUAAGUCAACAGCCUGUUUUAGAUGAUAAUUCAAGUGCAACGACAUGGAAAUAAAAAUGGAGCAGUGCAAAAGCAUUCAUUGAAAGUUUUUUUUGUUUUUUAAAAGAGUUCUGAUUUACUUGAGUUUUUAGAAUGUCUGGUGUGUAUCAUCUUGUGCUCUUCUUCUUUAUCUUUCAUCUGGUAAUUUUUUCUUUGGCUCAAGAAGAAAAUGGCUCAAGCCCAAAAUGUCAAUCGUUCGUCUGUGGAAUUCUCAACCAAAUAGGCUUCCCUUUCUCUAAUGAAACUUUCCCUAAGUGUGGAUUUUUGACAGUGAAGGGCUGCAAAGAACAAGUUCAGAGGAUUCAACUGGAGAAAAAUGGGCCAGAGUUUCAAGUUCUAAGCAUCUCCAAGGAUAAUACGCUUAGUCUUAGUCAUCCCCGAGGAUUUCGAAACCCUCCAUUGGGAAACAAAAGCUGUGUUGACUACUUGCAAAAUCUCACCAUUCCCAGCUCUAAUUUUCUCUCUUUUGAAGUGAAUCCCAAAAAUCAAACCCUUUUCAGAUGUCCCGGAAAGCCUUACACCGUCGGAGUAAAUUUUACUUCUCUCUGUGAUGGCUCCAGAGACUCAAUUGUCUACUACAGUGGAACAAAACCUGGUGGAUCAUCAGCCCCUCCGCAAGAUUGCUCACUGAUUCUCUUCCAAAGCAACAAGAAUGAAAAGGUUCUUCACUUCUCGAAUUUGUUCACCGGUUGGUUCCAACUGCAAGUGAUUGUAACCAGUGAAUGUCGUAAAUGUCAUCAUAGAGGAGGCACAUGCCGAUUUGACAACAAUGGAGAAUUUCAGUGUCCGGGUGCUCGGUCAGAUAAAAAAAAAUUGCUGGCAAUAGGUAUUGGAAUAGGAGCAUCAACUGUCUUGAUAGUGGUUCUGUUAGUUUGGUUCUUUCAACAAAAAUUUGCAAGGUUCAAAGCAGGAUUCACUUCUUCUAAUCCUUCCUCAAACUCAGAGCUGCAACUAGGUGGUGCCUACUUUGGGGUCCCCAUCUUCUCCUACGCUGAACUUGCAGAAGCAACCAAUAAUUUCAGUGAGAGGAAUGAAAUUGGAGAUGGAGGCUUUGGAACCGUAUACUAUGGAAAACUUCGUGAUGAACGGGAAGUUGCUGUCAAGCGCCUAUACGAGCACAACUACAGAAAGCAUCAGCAUUUUCUGAAUGAAAUUGAGAUCCUCACUCGAUUACGCCACAAAAAUCUGGUCUCCCUCUAUGGCUGCACUUCUCGUGACAGUCCACAGGGCCUGUUCCUUGUGUAUGAAUAUGUUAGCAAUGGAACUGUUGCUGAUCAUCUCCAUGGUAACCAAGCGAAGCCUAGUCCACUUACUUGGCCUAUACGUUUGAACAUUGCCAUUGAAACUGCCAAUGCAUUGGUCUAUCUCCAUGCCUCUGAUAUCAUACAUCGCGAUAUUAAGACUCAUAACAUUCUUCUUGAUAACAACUUCUGUGUAAAAGUAGCAGAUUUUGGGCUUUCAAGAUGGUUUCCCAAUAAUGUUACUCAUGUUUCAACUACUCCACAAGGAUCUCCGGGCUAUCUUGACCCUGAAUAUUAUCAAUUUUACCAGCUAACUGAGAAGAGCGAUGUUUACAGCUUUGGAGUUGUUUUGAUUGAGCUCAUAUCAUCAAUGCCUGCUGUUGAUAUAAACAGGCAUAGACAUGAGGUCAAUUUGGCUAAUUAUGCCAUGAACAGGAUUCAAAAUUGUGCAACUGAGGAGCUAAUUGAUCCAUCUCUUGGGUAUCAAUCAGAUGAGGAAGUCAGAAGGAUGACCACUUCAGUUGCAGAAUUGGCGUUUCUGUGUUUGCAACAGAAUAAGGAAAUGAGGCCCGCCAUGGAUGAGGUCCUGGAGGAACUUAAGAGAAUUGAAAGUGGAGACUCCAACUUGAAGAGUGUGCAGCAGCCACCAGAUUGUGAUGAUUUUGCCUUAUUAAAGCACAGCCAGGUGCCUUCUUCACCCAUUUCUGAGACCUCAAAUUGGGUCAGUAGUGACACUACAUCUAAUGUGAGUGGUUAAGUUUUUUGCUUACAUGCUGAAACUUCUGUGCAAUAGAUGUACAAUCAACCAAUAUUUGCUUUUGAUUGGUUGUAUAUACAUCCUCUGCACUGAAAACUCUCUCAACUAAUUGAUGAAAGUGUGUAAACAUUUCACUUAUAGAGGUGAUGUACAUGAGAUAAAGUGGAGCUGUUUCUUGUACUUUUUUAAGGCUCAUGUAAUUUGAAAGCCGGACCUAUGUUCUCUGCAAAUUUGAUGAGAAUUGUCAUAGACAGUAUAGCACAAAGUGACAAGUUCUUGUAAUUAUGAGUUGAGGUAAUAGUUUGAAUGAUAAGGGAAUUUGUUACGAA